AUGUCCGCGAACCCCUCAGCGACGGUGCACGUGCCCACCGUGUACGACUUGAUGCAUGAGCAGUCCCGGGACAUUGGAACGUUUGCCUCUACAGAGCUGGAGAACGUCUACAGCUUGUCGGCGCACAUGUCAGCGGCGCGCCAUGCCACGUCGCCUUCCUCCGCCACGCGAAGCCUCGCGGACUUCCUCGACGACAUCUUCUUCUCCUACACCGGGGUGCCAUCGUGGUCAACCUUUCUGCAUAUUCAGCAGGAGGGGGCGGCGCUGCGGCGCCAGCUCGGAAACGGCGCCACCUUUGCACACGAAGCCGUGCACCCUUCUAUAUCGCCCGUUCUGAAGAAGUGGGCUCAGGCACUUCGAAGCCAACAGGCGGCGCGUGCACGCGCCAUUGGUGCCGAUGACUCUCCUCGCAACACCAUAGUCGUGAGCGCUGCCGGUUCGCGCGGCGCGACGUCGGCAGGAAAGCCGCCCUUCAGAUCUGAGUCGAGGGCCUCGACUGCUGCUGCUACUGCUGCCACAUCGACCCACAACUCAACGAAGCCCGUGGCUUUCAUGACCGCCGGCGCCUCCGAUGAUCUAGAUAGCUCCUCCUCGCUGAUGGAGCGAGAGUUGGCGGCGGAGAACGCACGCGCGCACCUCCCAGCCGAGGAGGACGGUGUGCUGCCUCUAUGGAAGGACUUGAAGCUGACAAAGCGCUGCGGCCCGCUUGCGCUGCAGGGCUUGCGGGCGGCUGUCGGCGCCUACUACCUAGUGCUACUGCGCCUUGUGGACAUUACCGAGUCGCUGGCCGAUCAUUGGGGGCUUCUCUCGCCCAAGGAGCUGAAGGGGCUGCACCGUGCCAUGACCGCUGAAAAGACUGCACACGUACCGCCUAGUUUUCUCUUCUCUGUCUUCACGGAGCUGAACGCGUCGGAGGAGCACCUGAACAACGCCGUGGCGGAUCUCCGCAAGUGCACUUGUCUGGAGACGGUUCGGCUCAACGGCAACGCAGCGCUGACGGAGCUGAACGUGCUGCCGCCUCACUGCCGCGUCGUAACCGCGUGCGGAUGCAGCCUUGAUUGCUUUCUCGAGGAGGCGCGCUCGACGCCGCCGUCCCCGCCUGCCGUAUACGCAUCGGUGACGACACUGGGGCUCGCCUAUAACCGCCUUCGGCACCUACACUUUGUACAGCAGCUACCCUCUCUGCGCGUUCUGGACAUGUCCUUCAAUUACGUGAGUGAUUUGGAGGCUGCGGUGCGGGAUGUGGCCGCUCACGGGUCACUGACAGAGGUGACGCUGCAGGGCAACCCUAUUUCGCUUUUGGAUGCUUAUCGCACUGUCGUGGUGCGCGGCUGCGUGUACCUCGACCGACUCGACGGGGUUGCCGUCACCGGAGAGGAGCGAGCCUUGAGCUGCCCGACCGUCAACGGCGGGGACGCCGCUCAGGAGGACUCGCUGGGGCGGCCAUUGCUCGACAACGCACUUGCCGGUGCUGCGAGGAAGGCAUCUUGUACGACGCUGCCUAACAUCUGCCGGAGGCGUCAAUUGAGCGUGGCUGCCUCUUCGGCCCCAUCUUCGCAGCAGCACAACCCGUCGGCACGAGGCUGCGCGACCUUCGGAGCACCUCCGAUCUCCAAAUUGAAUUUGGCAGGGGCCAUGGUGGACCCUCAGCCACCUCUGUCGGAUGAGGUACUACGGACAACCGUGGCGGCGGGGCUGGAUUUGGUCAUGGUGAGAGGUUUGGCCAGUCUCCAGCCCGUGCCACAGACGUGCCUGGCAGAGAGCUUGCUGCCCUCCUCCGGCUUCUUGCUCGAGCUAGCAGGAGUAGAUACGUCGGCGCAGGCAUCGGUGCCGAGCGACUGCACCUCGCCUAUACAGGCGAGCUCCCUCCUGACGUCACCGCUGGCCUCCCCCCGCACCUCUGGGCAGGCGGGCAGCAGCCGCAAGGGCCGCCACCAUGGCGGGACGGUCGGGGACAGCGGUGGCAGAGGCGUCUCUGCCACCGUCAGUCCCACAAGUGGAAAGCGAGUCGUGUCGCCGUUGUACAAGGUGUCGUCGCGGGUCACGGUGGAAGGCUGCUGGGGCGGCUCCAGCGUUUCAAGGGGCGAUGCGUCACUCGGCUGCGCAGACGGUGUGCGUGUUGCUGUGGAAGUAUGUUUGGAGCCACCCGCUCCCUUAUUCGCCUCGGCGGGUAGGCAUGCUGGAGCAUCUGGUGCGCCACCACCGCGCGUGUCGUCUGCCGCACAGAGUAGGCAGCGCAAGGCUGGGGGGACCGCGGCUGCCGCCAACGGGGAAACGCCGCCAUCCCCCAUCCCCGACCCGUACAUCCCGGCCCGCUUCACGGCGGGAGCCGGGGGCGGUGGCGGAGCUUCAUGCCUAGUGAGUCUCCCCGUCACCGAAGCCCUUGUCUGCGCUCUUCAGCAGCCGCUAGUGUUGCGCGUCAUGGUGCAGGACACAUUCCGGUUCGCAGAGGGUGAGGCUGCCCUGCGCUCACAGCUGGACACCUCUACGUCGAGUGCGGCCCGUGGCAGUCCGGGAAGUCGAAGCGGCGCUGCGGCGCGGAGUGUGCCUGGGGAGCUUUUAUCAAACUUAGUGCUACCUUCUUCCUUCUCGCUGGGGGAGGCACCGCUGUGGGCAACAUCAUGCCAGCACGGAAGCGAGGAUGCCGAGGAGGAGGAGGAGCCAGUGUUGCUCCUGCGACGCGAGCUCGGGGUGAUAACGCUGGACCCCCGCGAUCUUUUCUUGGCGGCCGGCGGCAAUCCGGCGACGUGCACCGGAGCGCAAGGCGCACCCACUCCGCUUCCUCGCUGCCGCGUGCUGUAUGUGCACGAUGCCGCUCUGGAAAGAGAUGCGCACACGCUGAAAAGCGCAGAGCGCGAGGUGCGGCAGUGUCAGCGACGCCUCCGUGAGACACUUGCGACCUACUCGUGCAUGCACCACCAGUACAAGGAGGCAGGCCGCAAAGGCCUGGAAAACCCCGACUCUCUCUCUCCGGCUCCGUUAGCGGCACUCGGUAAGGACAGCGCCGCCACUGGUACGGCGUCACCGCAGUCAAACAGACGGCGCACCUCCGUAGCGGUAAACUCCUCUACGACGGUGCUGCCGCAGCCAUCUACGUCGUCGAGCAAGCAGUUCUCCCGCUCCCGCCACGCGAGUGUGUUGACCCCACCUGCCCACGCUUCACAGUUGCAGGGUUUGUAUGCCAGCCUCAAAGCUGAGCAACUGCGCGUCGCUCAGCGAGCCUUACGUGUGCUGGCGCUGCGGACACGACUGAACGAGCUCCACAGCGCGUCUCUCUCCGUCGGCGUUCGGUUUUGCGUCGGACGUGGCGCGCUGCCGCCACCGUCGACCGUCGCCGAUGCCGAACUGGAGGCGUUGCGCCACCCCACCGGGUCACCCAAGGGUCGCAGAGGCCGGCAGCAGGCCGCCAAAGGAACUCGUCGCUAG